ACCGACGUAAACAAUAAUAUUGUAAUCGGCAUGAAUGGUUUUCGUGAGAAGCUGCUCAAAAGUUUGGAAAAAGUUAAUGAAAAUGGUGUUCGCCAACAGAAUCCAUCGAAAACGGAUAACGAAAUCGAGGAUUUACUUUUCCAGCACUAUCAGAAGGAAAUCAGCUCCAAUGGGAAACUAAAACGAAUGCUUGAACAGUCUAAAAACUCUGAAUCCUAUCACUUCAUUCCGCAGUUCCAUUUUGUGCUGCCAAAGAAUAGCGAUGGAUUGGCUCAAAAGCUACGCGAGGAAGCCAGGACGUUGUUCCUGCAGAAGCGUAGCAAAGAGUUGCUGGACAACAAUGAGCUGAAGCUUCUCUGGAGUCUGCUGGAGAAGCAUCAUUCCCCACCGCUGAUGGGCGAAGAGCAGUACAUCAACUAUGAAAACUACAGCAAAGUGGCAACGCUGGCGGGAGAGAAAUUCAAAAGGUACUUGACUGCUUCAACCUUUGCUCGAUUGCUGGUGUCCAGUAGCUAUCCGGGGAAGAUCAGCGUGAUGUCUCUGUUCAACUAUGCAAUGAGGAAGGUUUGGCUGCAGCAGACCAGGAUCGGUCUAUCGUUGUACGAUUACACCGGACAGGGUUAUUUGAAUGAGUCGGAUUUGGAGUCUUACAUUUUGGAGCUGAUUCCAACUUUCCCGCAGUUGGAAGGUUUGGAAAAGUCUUUUCAUAGUUUCUACGUUUGCACAACGGUGAGGAAGUUUUUCUUCUUUCUGGAUCCGCUGAGAACAGGUCGAAUCAGAAUUCGAGAUAUCUUGACGUGUAGCUUUUUGGAUGAUUUGCUGGAACUGAGGGAUGAAGAGAUUCCCAAGGAUGCUCAAGAAAUGAACUGGUUCUCGGCACCUUCUGCCCUCAGCGUCUACGGGCACUAUCUCAAUUUGGACAAGGAUCAUAACGGAAUGCUGAGUAAGAAGGAACUGAUUGGAUAUGGAUCGGGGACGCUUACACCCAUCUUCCUGGAUCGAGUCUUUGCCGAAUGCCUCACCUACGACGGUGAAAUGGAUUACAAGACUUAUCUGGAUUUUGUAUUGGCACUUGAAAAUCGCUCUGAACCGCAGAGUUUGCACUAUCUGUUUCGCAUAUUGGACGUGGAACACAACGGUUAUCUGACGGCAUUCACGUUGAAUUAUUUCUUCAAAGGAAUUCAGGACGAAAUAUCUGCACAUCGAGCGGAACCGGUCAAUUUUGCCGAUGUUAAAGACGAAAUAUUCGACAUGGUUAAACCAGCUGAUCCAGCUAGAAUAACACUGAAGGAUCUGAUCAACAGCGGCCACGGCGAAACGGUUGUUUCAAUACUGAUCGAAUUCCACAAAUUUUGGGCCUACGAAAACCGUGAAGUUAUGGUAACGGAUUCUACAACAAACGAUGAAACACACAAUUUAUGACAUCGCACGCAACAGACUACAGAGGGCGAUGAAGAUGUCACGGCAUUUUGAAUCUCAUAACUUUUAAACUGCUGCUCACCCAUAAGUGCUCUUAGAAUUUUACAUUCCGCAAAUCAAACAGUAUCGAUUUUAUGUAUUUUUUAUGCUCAAUAAAAUAUUCGAAGGUUAUUUCGA